AUGAAUUCCUCCAAUGACUCUGUUGAAGAAGUCUAUGUAGCACCGAGAUAUCUGAUCCCCAUUCCUCAGUACUACGUGAUAGGGACGGGCCUGCUCUUCGUCGUGACGUUCGGACCUUUCAUGAACAUGACAAGUUUAGUGGUUUUCGCGAAAAACAAACAGUUACAAACUCCAACAAACAUAUUUGUGAUUUCUCUUUUGGUUGGGGAUUUGGGAAUGAGCGGUGCCGCUUUCAUUUCGAUGACGGCCAAUUUCAACCGUCAUUACUUCUGGGGAGACGGUGUGUGUACUUUUGAAGGUUUUUGGUUGUACUUGAUGGGGCUGACAAAUUUGUACACGCACGCUGGUAUUGCUUAUGAUAGGUACAUCGUGAUUGCCAAACCUCUGCAUUCCAAAAAUAUCACAACCCGGGUGGCUGUGGCCGUGGUACUGGUGAUCUGGUUCCAGGGUUUCUGUUGGGCUUCUUUUCCACAUUUCGGAUGGGGAAAAUACACGUAUGAGCCUGCUAGGACAUCGUGUGCCGUGGAAUGGGACUCGAAUGAGCUGAACUCGGCCAGCUAUAACGUCGCCAUUACAGUGUGGAGUUUAUUCCUACCUAUUGUCGUGAUCAUCUUCUCAUAUUACAAAGUCAUGAUGACGAUACGAAACAUUACCAGAAAUAAUGUCUGGGACAUGGGCAGCAGAAUUGCUCGGAAAAAUCUCCGGAUUGAAAAGAAGAUGUUUAAAACAAUGGCGCUUAUGUUCGCGUCGUACACGUGGUCUUGGACUCCUUACACGGUGGUUAGUGUUUGGGCCAUCAUCGGAAAGGCUAGUGACAUCCCUGUCUACAUUAUAACCAUUCCCGCCGUGGUAGCAAAGAGCGCGUGUAUCUGGGACCCCAUCAUUUAUCUCUGGACAAACAGACAGUUCCGAGGAGCUUUCUAUAACACCAUACCAUGCAAGUCGUUUGGGAAAAUGAUGAUCAAACGAGAGGAAAUGAGAAAUAGAGAAAAGGAAGACUCACAAGACGAAGAUCCGGAAAGGCGUCAUAAAACUGCUCCGCGACUGUCUCUGCAGAAAACGGUUGUGGUGCCGAUUGACACUAACGAGGAAGACGGUGCACAGCAGAGGGGUGCUCCGGGAGGAUCAAGUCAAAUUCAAGUUCCCUCUCUCGUCCUAUCAGGACCCUCCCAACCUGGCGCCAUGGCGUAA